AUGAGUUUCAAACUGGCUUUUAUAAGCAAAAAUAUCAUAUGUGAAGGGUAAAUUCCAUUCAGUUCUCGUCAGCCUCUUCAUGGGUUUAUUUUGGUAGAAGACGGCAUAAUUUCCCAAAUACUCCCUUAUGACAAAGAUACCUAUGAUUUUCUUAUGGAACAAUAUCUAGUUGAAGAUCUAGGCGAUCUUUUUAUAUCUCCCGGGCUGAUAGAUUUAAAUGUCACCUUUGGAUACGAAGGAUCAUCAGUUACAACAAAGGCUGGAUUAUGUGGAGGAGUUACAUGCAUUUCUACAACAGACAGACUUGAUGGCGAAAUCUACACUGAUAUCGCUCCUUUACUCCAAAUUUCAGACGAUAAGAUCGGCGAAAUUCCAAGCCUCCUCAAUAGUAACAUUUUUGGGUUAAAAGCAUUUUUAGUGCCACAAGGCCCAGAAUCUCAAAUUUUAACGAAAGUUGAAGAAGCUCUUAGAGAAACUAAUGGAAAUUUGCCAAUUUUUGUGCAUCCAGAGUUCACGACUCAUAAAGAGCUGCUAGAAAACACCCCUUUUCAUAUGGUAAUUCCUGAGGAAAGAGGUCUGACGCCUUCAGAAUUCAAAAUUGAGGAAUUUCCCGAAAAUGAAUUUUCAAGCUCAAGCAGUGAUGAUGAAAUAGAGCCAUUUGAUUAUUCCCCUGACAGUACCCCUACAACUAAAGAUAUUGGUGGAAUCCGUAGAACUUCUUUUAAAAUUCCCGUUAUAAUUUCUCCAUUUGAGAUAUUACCAAAUAGAAGCCCUGAAAAAAAGCGCGGGUCAUUGCCUAAUGUUUUCAGUGUCAUUCAAAAUCAUAGUUUUUCUGAAGAAAUAAAAACUUGUCCUAAUAAAGUUAGAGGAAAACGGCAUUCAAUAUUAUGCACUUUAGGUAAUCAAAAUAAGCCAAUUCCUCCACAAGAUUUUCCGUUUAUGAAAAGAGGCAGUAUAAGCUCAGAAUCUUAUAAAAAUUAUGCGAAAACCUUUCCAGAGUCAUGAGAAGCCGAAGCUGUUGAGAAAGUUCUGAGCUUAAAUAUCAAAGCAAAAAUCCAUUUUACUAAUGUUUGCUCUAAUAAAGCAAUAGAAUUGAUAAGAAAUUAUAGGGAUUCUUAUCCAAAUUUGACGUGCGAGACUUCAUUGCCUUAUUUAUUUUUUUCAAAUAUUGAUGUUAAACCAGGAGAUACACGCUAUAAGGUAAACCCUCCUAUUAGAGAUGGCGGAAAUUAUAACCUUCUAUGGGACUCUUUAAAAUUAAGGUAUAUUGAUUGUAUAUCAAGCUACCAUCAACCUGUAGCCCCUCCUCAAAAAUUUUUAGGGGAUUUUAAAAGAGCAGUUAAUGGAGUUUCAAGCAUGGGGUAUUUGCUUCAAGCAAUAUGGACGAGGCUAAAAGCAGAUGUCAGAGAAGAUAAUGAGAAAUCAUUUUUGGUGUUAUUAUCACAAUGGCUUUCUCAAACCCCUGCUGAAAUCUUAGGGCUAAAGAGUAAAGGAUCGAUUUCAGCUGGCAAAGAUGCAGAUUUGGUUAUAUGGGAUCCUUAUCAAAAAUUUAUAGUAAAACCUAAUGAAAAUAUUUCUUCAGAAAUGUCACCGUUGAUGGGAGAAGAGCUCUAUGGGAAAAUCAUGAGAACCUAUGUUAGAGGAAAAUUAGCGUUCAAUGAUAAUUCUGGAGUAAUAUGUGCAGUUGGAGAGGUAUUAAGGAGAAAAAAUUAUUAA